GUUUCCUGCUGACGCCGCGCCGCUCGGAACCGUAAAAAGUGCUUUUCCGUAGAUCUCCGAUGAGAAUGGAAAAUCAGGAAGAAAUAUUGCUGUUGCUGGAACGCUUCACGAAAUCGAAGCAAAAGGACAUCCCGCGGGAGCUCGAGGAUUAUCUGAACUUUGUGGCCCGCACGGGCGACACGGUCUACCGCUGGGUGCUGGUGAAGCCGCUGUUCCGAGAAAAAUUGGUCAACGUCAUUACGGAUUUCCACGACAACACGCCGAGCAUCGCAGAUCUCCCACCAUGCCCCAACGUCGACCCGUUCAACUACGAUCGCAUGAAGCGGGCGUUGCUGGAGCGCUUGGAUUCCUUCAACUCGGCCCCCUUCACGGUGCAGCGGAUCUGCGAGUUGCUAACGGAACCGCGCAAACAGUACACACGGAUCGACAAGUUUAUGCGCGCGGUCGAGAAGAACAUACUGGUGGUCAGCACGCAAGAACCGGGUCGAGGAAGGAGCGACAGCGAGAAUGGGGAUUCGCUGGAUUCGAUUGUGAACGGCGAUUUGGAGGUGAACGUGGAUAUUGAAAUGGACAAUGAACAUUUCCACCUGGAGGCGGACGCACUGCUGCCGGACUCGAGUGAUGCUGUCGGGGGACUGCACAACGCUUUGGCCGAGGCUAGCCACCAUCCUGCAGCCGACCGAGCGGAUCACGAGCUAAACGGAGCUGGAUCGUUCAUGAACGAGAACAAUCAGUUUGUGCGAAGUGAAACGACGGCCGCUCCUACCGGUGCAACGGAGAAUACACCGAUCAUUGGUCUCGCUGCCGUUGUCGAUACAAAUGAAAACGCCACCGAUGGAGAUAUUUCCACUCCAUUGUUGGAAUCCGCCAGCGAAGCCUCCUCCGCGGAUAAUGACACUGAAACGGAACAACCCGAUGCCACAGCGACCGAAGAAGGGCCAGUGAAGUCGGAUGAAGCAUUACCAGAAGAGGAGGCACUGACUGGUGCAAAGACGGAGGAAGAGGUUUGCGCCAAGUCGUCAACGGCGACGAAGGAAACCAUAGCAACACAAGAGGAAGAAGAUGCGACCACGACCGAAGCGAUUGAACAAAGCGAAGCUGCAAAAACACCAUCGGAAGAACCCGCUAUUAAACAGGCAGUAGGCCACGGAAAAGAGGAAGUACAGGACAGCCCAGAGCGAUCGCAGCAACAAUUGACAGAGGAUCCUUCACCGGCUGCUAGCAAGGAGGGUACGGAACACGAAGAAUCGCACAUUGACGCACAACACGCACAGCACAGUGAAGAUGGAGAACCGUGUGCCAAGAUAGGAAAAUACGAACUAGGUGAACCUGAAGCAACAGAAGUAGUGGACGUUACGGUGAACAGCAAUACAGCUAUCUCGGAUGCGACAGAUUCAUCCGGUGGUAGUGGCGCUGAUGCACCAUCUUCGGAGUCAUCAUCAUCGCCCUCCUCAUCGUCCUCUUCGUCCAACGACGAACGGUUCCCUGUUGUGACCGCCAAACCUCAGCCAUCGGUCGAAGCCAGCGAAGUGAAAGAAUCUGAAGCGCCAAAUGAGACGCAACCACAGCACACGGAGCAGCAACAGCCAUUGUCGGAUAUACUAGCAAAAACCAUUGAUCCUGCCAGUGGCAGCGGCACCAGCCACCCCGACCAAUCUGCUGUCGAAGAAGACAUCGCUGGUAAAGAGGCAGAGGAUCAGCAGCAGCAGCAGCAGCAGCAGCAGCAGCAGUUGGCUGUGACAAGUGAAGAAACGCAACCUUCUGUGCCAACCGAAACGACGGUUGCUGCGGUACCGAUUUUGACCGAGCCGACGACAACGGCGGAAGUGGUUGGUAGCGUGAUGGAGGCUACUGCGUCCGUUGCAGGCGCUGAUGUUGCGCUUGUAACUACACCGGCGCCAGUGGCCGAUCAGGCGGCGGGUGAAGACGAGAUGGAGCUUGCCGUAUCAUCGGUACCAGCGGGCAUCGCCACCCUUCCUAAUCCUGAUAAUGUAAUGGAGGAGGACGUGGUGCCGGUAGCCGACCUGGAAGACGAUGGCACAAAGAUGGAGGACAAUGUGAUGGACAUCGACGAGUCGAGUGUCGAACCGAUGGAUCAGUAACGUGCGCGACGGCGUUCGAUCGCUCCAUUCCGCCGCGGUCUCUCCUUUCACCAUCCAUCAUCAAACCUAUUCCAUUCGAGAGCGCCUUGCAUUGACGCUACGUCUGUUGCUGCUGCUAUCCGUAUUAUCGGCUAAUAUUACAAUGAAGUUUUUUUUUUUCGAAAUGACAAAUAAAUUGCUCGAUAGAUAGUGUGGCAUUACCUGA